CUUAUUAUUCAAGCUUCACUAACGAGUGGCCAUUUUUUUAACGUGUGUCCGGAUCCCGGUUCCGCUUACUCCUCUCUUAAAACCGCUUUUAACGUCAAAAUUAAACGGACAUCACCGGCGAACGAGUCUUUAAACCCAUAAACCUUCACCGCGGAGAAGAAAACGACAGAUAAACCGGUAGUUUCCGUGCGCUGUCGACAUGAACCCUGAGUAUGAUUACCUGUUCAAGCUCCUUCUGAUCGGAGACUCCGGCGUCGGGAAGUCCUGCCUUCUGCUGCGUUUCGCUGACGACACGUAUACAGAGAGCUACAUCAGCACGAUCGGAGUGGACUUCAAAAUCAGGACGAUAGAGCUCGACGGGAAGACCAUCAAACUACAGAUCUGGGACACGGCCGGUCAGGAGCGGUUUCGCACCAUCACCUCCAGCUACUACAGAGGAGCUCACGGGAUCAUUGUGGUUUAUGAUGUCACAGAUCAGGAGUCCUUCAACAACAUCAAGCAGUGGCUUCAGGAGAUCGAUCGCUACGCUAGUGAAAACGUCAACAAGCUCCUGGUGGGAAACAAGUGUGAUCUGACCACUAAGAAGGUUGUGGAUUACACAGCAGUGAAGGAGUUUGCGGACUCUCUUGGCAUCCCGUUCCUGGAGACGAGCGCGAAGAGCUCCACUAAUGUGGAGCAGGCCUUCAUGACCAUGGCAGCUGAGAUCAAGAAGAGGAUGGGCCCCGGGGCCACUGCGGGAGGCUCCGAGAAAUCCAACGUCAAGAUCCAGAGCACGCCGGUCAAACCGGCCUCCGGAGGAUGCUGCUGAGACCAACGACACAAACCUGACCAACCGUACGCCACAGCUGAGUUAGAGAGAAAUGAGAGAGAGAGA